UCAACGUGCUUGUUUAUCUCCACACAAAAGGUCGCAGUCGGAUCUAAAGCGGUGGAUCCGGACGUCCGGGAAGGAACAACUUUACAGUUCAAAGAAAAUGAAUCACACGGAUAAAUAACCGAGCCUCGUUUUCACCGCGCCGAUGCUGAGUUUGGGUGUAAAUGUGGCGAGGUCGUCGUUGUCUUUACAAAAGCUGUGCGUCCUGUCCCUGCUACACAUGAGACGUCUGUCCCAUCUCUGCCCGCUGCCGUCGCGGAGGAGAUGCCUCUCAGCUGGACCAGGUUCUCCUGCUCCUCUGACACCAACGGGCUCCUCUGGGGGCUCUGAGCCAGGACCCGACCACGCCACCUCCGCCUGGUCCACGGAGCGCGGCCCGCCGCCGCCGCCUCCCACCCACUGCUGCAUGAGCGGCUGUCACAACUGUGUGUGGAUCGAACACGCGGAGCAGCUGCUGGAGUAUUACCACGACGGAGGGGACCGGGCGCUCGCCGCCAUCGAGGACAGCGUGCUGGAUGAGAACCUUAAAACCUACCUGAAGAUGGAGAUAAGACUCUUGAAAAAGACAUGAGCGAAGUAUAGUUGCUGUGAGCGUUCUUAGUAAGAGUUGAAGCACCUUAGAAGAGGCUCCUGUCGCUGUGAUGGGUCUACCUCCACAUCUCCACUGCCUCCUCCGGUGGAUCACACGCUGCAGAACAUCUCAGAACUGUCAGUGAUUCAUUGUCGUGCUCCUUCAGCCACGUGUUGCACAUUUGUUUUAUAUGUUUGAAUUGAAGUGUUAACGAUGUAUUUUUGUAUAUGUCUAUUUAAGUAUCUUAAUUAUUUAUUUUAAAUGUAUUUAAAUGAGUUGUUAAAUAAAGGUUUCAGAGAGGAACAGAUAUUCCUUGAUAUCA